AUCGACAAACAUCUGGUCCGUCGAGGCGGAUCAAGAAGAAAAGAGAGACAACUUCGCAAGCAAAUAAGAUUGGGUCAAACUUCAUUAAGUCACCUAUCCAAGGUAGGAGGAAUUUACCUGUCCGUUAUACGUGGUAGACAGUUUAAAAUGGAUCAACUCGAGAAAUUAAAGAAAAAGCGCGCUUCGAUAAGAGCUAGUGUGACGAAAUUAAUUAGUAAAAUCGAUAGUUUAAUUGAAAGCGACGAUAGAGAGACAGAAACUCAUCUAGAAAUACUGGAUCAGUUGAGUCGAAAGGAAGAGUCAUUGAGAACCUUAAACGGGGAGAUUGAGGGUUUCAUUACUAGCCCAACUGAUUAUGACACUGAGAUAGUCAAUAGUGAAGAAUAUGAGGACAAAAUUAUAAGUUGUAAAUUUAAGAUCCAGUCUCGUAUUAAACGAUUAGAAGCAGAUUCGUCCGUGGUCACGGUGACUCAGGGCCCCGUAGUUCGAAAUAAUUCCGCUAAUAUUAAGUUGCCGGAGAUUCCUCUACCGAAAUUCUCUGGAAAAUAUGAAGAAUGGAGUAACUUUAAAAUGCAAUUUGAUAAUAUCAUUUCGUCAAACGAGCAACUGUCGGCAGAACAAAAACUACAUUAUUUGAAGGCUGCUCUCGUAGGGGAAGCUAAGAGUUUAGAAACGUUAAACGAUUCGUUUGCUUCAUUGUUUCAAGCGCUACAAGAAAGGUACGAAAAUAAGAAAUUAAUAGUAGAAACCCAUGUUAAUGCGAUUCUGGACUCUGUAAAAUUACCUUAUGAGUCAGCAAGGGGUUUGAGGAGUUUAAUUGAUAGCAUCAAUAGAAAUAUGCGAGCACUAAAAGUCCUAGGAUAUGAAAGGAAUGAGCUUUCUGAUAUCUUAAUUUUAAAUAUCGUACUUCAGAAGCUGGAUAAGGAGACUCUAAAACAGUAUGAGUUCAGUAUCAGUUCGAAUGACGUUCCUAAACUAGAUAAUUUGAUUUCAUUUUUGGAAAAGCGUUCUCAGAUUUUAGAAAACAUUAAUAAGACCACGUUCGUGAAACCAAGGUGUAGUCAAGAUAGAGUUAAACCGAAAAGCUUGUUUGUGAAAUGUAACAAUUCUAUGUCUCAUUGUAUUUUAUGUAAGCAAAAUCAUCCUGUUUACACUUGUGAUUCCUUUUUACGGCUUGAAGCCUCCCAAAGAAACGAUGUGGUGGCCAAAAACAACCUCUGUUUCAAUUGCUUAAGUGAUCGGCAUAAGUUAUCCAGUUGCAACUCUAAGAGCUGCUGUAAGAUAUGCCGAAAGCGACAUAAUACAUUACUGCAUCGAGAGAAACAAGCUAUGAUUGGUUCAAAUGUGCCAGUGGUCGACAGCAAACCGACUCCAAUCAAGCAGGACCUUAAUCCCGACGCAAUAGAGUUUCGUGAAGGUAUACCUCACUCACUGUCAUGCAUUGACAAUGGAAAUAAGACAGUAAUUCUCUCGACAGCCAUGGUUUGGGUUUUAAAUCAUACUACCGGAGCCAGCAUUCAAGCGCGCGCAGUAUUGGACUCGGGCAGUAUGUCAAAUAUCGUUACUAGAGAUUUCGCAAGUCGUCUGGGUACCCCGCAAGAAAGAAUCGAUCUCACAGUCUCCAGUAUAAGUGGAAAUAAAACCUCGGUCAAGUUUAGGCUGAUUGCCACAAUAAUAAACGGCAAUGGAUCUUUUUCUAAGAAGCUAGAGUUCUUGGUGGUGCCAAGGAUCACGGAUUUACUUCCUGUUUCCUCUCUACACAUUAGCAAAACAGAAAUUCCAUGUCAGUUAGCUGAUCCAAGAUUUGCUACACCAGGCAAGAUUGACAUGCUUAUUGGAGCUGAAGCAUUCUUUGAAAUAGUUAAGAACGAUCAAAUUCGUCCAUCGUGCAAUAAUAACCUAACAUUUCGUAACACAGUUUUUGGAUACAUCGCAACUGGAUCUACAGAAUCUAAUAAUCAAGAUCAAUAUUGUGGACUAAUAUCAGAGCCAGAGUCAGUCGAUAAGUGUUUACAAAGGUUCUGGCAAAUAGAGACUCUAACAGAGGCUCCAAGUUUGAUGAGUAAAGAAGAGGAGUAUUGCGAAGAUCAUUAUCAAAGAACUCACAGACGUAAUGAGGACGGGAGAUAUAUUGUGCAGAUGGCAACCAAGGACAUACAAAACUUGGGAGAGUCAAGGAAAUUAGCAUUGAGGAGAUUGAAUCAGUUAUGGAAGAGACUAUCAAGGAACAAUCAGUUAAAGGAGUUAUAUCAGAAUUUCAUGAAGGAGCAUUCUGGUGAUCAGGUAGCAAACCCCAUAUGUUAUUACCUUCCGCAUCAUGGUGUGUUUAGACCAGACAAAACCACUACAAAGUUAAGGGUAGUCUUCAACGCAUCUGCUCCCACAACUUCUGGACUGAGCUUAAAUGAUCAUCUCUUGAAAGGUGAAGUAAAGGAAGAUGUUUUCGAG